UGGUGGCAACAUCUUAAGUGCUGAAAGCGGACACGCUGCUGCAACCCCGCACGGAAGCGCUAUCCCGAGGGAGGAGAGCCCAAGCAUAAAGCUCGAAAACACUCAGCCCAGCAGUAGCACCGCACGAUCUGUUAACUGCCUCGCUGUUUGCCUGCUGGGGAGGAGGUGGGACAGACAACGAGUUCAUGUGAGCAAAGUGGAGGAGUGAAAGGGGUUGGGAGCAUUUCUGCUUUAGCUCAACUGCAGAUUAAACAAUAACAGGAACAAGUGUGAGACCAGAGGCGGCCUGAUUGGGACAAGCAGCAGGGGGAGAUUGCUGUAGAGCAGGAGGCGCUGACCCUACCCUUGGGUGACGGCAAACUUGAGCAGGGAUACAUAAUAAUGGCGCUGUCAAAGUUAUGUAUCUAGAGUGGAAAUAGGUCAGCCCUUCCCAUCCGGCCACCUGGGGAGGCAGAGACCCGGGCACGGCAUAGCUAAGGGUAGUUACCUGACCGGACCACCAAGCGGAUUAAUACAAAACGAGAGAUCAAAGCCGCGAAAACUGUACUUAGAAACUUGCAGGACUGCGGUUCCCUGGGAGACAGGGAACAUAUUUAAAAGAAGAGUGACUGCCUUGCAAGGGGGCGUCAUGCUUUCUGCAACCCCCCUCUAUGGGAACGUUCACAGCUGGAUAAGCAAUGAGAGGGUGCGCAUGUGUGGUCUCAAUGAAGACAGGAAAAUUCUAAUUAAUGAUGGUGACAUUCAAAAGGCAAGACUUGAACUGAGGGAAGAUCAUCUUGGUCACAGCUUGGUGGAUGCUGCUGCUGUGCAUCACAUUGACAACUUGACAGCUCUUGCAAUGGACAGAACUGGCCUUAUGCAGGAAGGGUUGAGAGUCCCAGGCAGUAUAGUCUAUUCCAGUUUGUGUGGCCUUGGCUCAGAGAAGGUUCGAGAGCCAUCAAAUCCCAUUGCAGGUCUUGGAUAUGCUCCAGAAAGAAACCCUGACAUGCAAUAUAAAACUAAUGUUGGAGAAACAAUGGAUAGUUCUCAGAUGUCUGGGAAACCACCCAAUGGCUACAAUUUGUUCAAAACACCGCCAGGGCUGCAAAAGACAUCGGUUCCCACAAGUGAAACAUUAGUAUUGGACAGGGCAGCAAGUGAGAAACAAAAUCCAUUAAGUAUUAAUGGUGCUAAUUAUUUAAGGAUUCCUUGGAUGCACCCUUAUAUGGACAGCACAUCACCAUCUAUUUAUCCAUUUAUUGACAACCCAAAUAAGUAUUCUUUAAACAUGUACAAGACAUUUCUACCUCAGCAGUCUGCUUACAGCCUACCACAGCAUCUGGCCUAUUCACCAAUGUGUCCAAAUGGUGAACGUUUUGUAUACCUCCCAUCCUCUCAUUAUGUGGCGCCACAUAUUCCAACAUCUCUGGCCCCACCCAUGAGGAUCCCUGCCCAGUCGGCUGCACCUGCACUUUCCACAUCAGUUCAUUGUAUGGAAAAGAAUUUACCUUGGAAAAUGGGAAUAAAUACAGGGACAGCAGUGGACACCCAUGCAUAUUCACAUCUCCAGAACAGCAAGCAACAACGGGUUCCUUGUGCUAAAUCAGCAUCUAACAGUAUGUCAUCAGAAGCAACCCUUUUAAUGACUCAGUCCCAAAGGCCAUCCCCACAACUUCAUCAUUCUGUUCAACAUGUUGCGGAAAGUUAUUCAGAUUUUCAGAAGUCAUUUGCCAAAAUUGCAACACCUGUUUCUGUUGGUCUUUCAAAACCCCACACAAAUAUGAAUAGUGACUUCACAUCUCUGAGACAGUCUAAUAUAAAAGUCCAUAAAAAUCAUGAAUUUGAGAAUGCACAACCACCUGUGCCCUCAAGGAAAAGCAAUAAAGAAAGAAAAGAGUGCAGGACCCCAGUUUUGGAGAAGCAAAUGCAUAAAGAUGGAGGGGAAAAACCACUAGAUUUGUCUUCAAAACUUGGUGAAACAGAAAUGUCCAAACUGGAUAGUGUUGAUAAUAUGUCAAAUUUGAUGAUGCCUGGUAGGCCUGGAAAUACCUUAGGUUUAUAUGGCAGGGAUAUUCAGAAAGAAAUUAUUUCAAAUUCUUUAAAUGGCAAUGCCAUGUUUAGGCCGGAAAUUAUUAGUACUGCUUCUUCAUCCUGGGUAGUUCCUGGUAUGAACAGUAAUGAGGAUAACACUGGACAAAUGAUGCCACUUAAAAACAAAGUUUUGGACAGGGUUAUGCCCCAACAACGUAGUUCGUCAUGCCCCAGAAUGGGUAGUUCUGAAGGUACAGUCAGUAAUAAUUCAGGAUGUGUCUCUAGUGUUGGUCGACCGGCAUCUGCUUCACCUGCCCCAAAUGCUAAUGCAGAAAUCAGAGAUUUAGCUGAAGCUAAUAAGUCUGUUCAGCAACAGGCACCACCUGCCAGUAUGUCCACUAAGAAUAGCAAGAUGCCAACAAAAGCAUCAGCACCUGACACCACAGCUAAAGUAAGUGAAAGUAAUCUGCCACCUGCACCCAUGUACUUACCUCCGAGUGAACAAUUUUGUUCUCCAUCCUUGGCAUACACAAGCAGCUUUAUGCCCUAUCAAGUUUCAGAGAGUCUGGCUUUAUCACAUUUACACUUGCAUGGAAAAGGUCCCGUAUAUCCACAUCCCGUUUUGCUAUCUAGCAGCAGUCUUUAUCCAGGGCCGAUGGCAUCCAAACCAGCUAUCCCUUAUAGUAUUCCAUCUAACAGAGAUUACAUGUCAUAUCAAGACACACUGAGUAUUGUGCACCCAAUCUUGUUACCCUCUUCCACUGUAGAAAUGAACAAAGAUGAAAAAGCAGACAGAAGAUCUAGAUCUCACGAGAGACCAAGGUAUGAAGAACCCCUUGGCAGAAGCAGGCUAUUGGACAUAUCUGACUCAAUCCCCAAGCUAAACUUGGAAGUUCCUACAGACAAAUCUUUGAAGUCUCAUCAAAGCUCUUCAUUAAAUAACAAACCUGUUUUGAAAAUGGACAAAUUGCCUUCUUCUAUGGAAAAGGACAAACAAUAUGACACUAUUAUGGCAAUUAAUGGUUUAGCUCCAGAAAAACACACUUUGAAUAAUCUGCAAAAGAGUGAACAGAGAGUCCCUCCACAUAAUACAGUUGUGAUCAGAGAAGAACUUUCAAGGAACAGUGAUUUCCAUGAUUCAUUUCAAAAUUCCAGACCUUCUCAACACUCACCUGUUUUCCACUAUAGGCAAGAGAACAUUUCAAGCACCCAAAACACAGAUUGUAAUACAUCUGAACCUUCUGUUCGGUUCUUGGUGCCCAGACAGAGUAGUGAGGUCCAAAAUCAAAAUGAGCCUUUUAAGAGAGAGCAGGAAAACGAGCAGCCUUUUCCAAUGCAAAAUGGGCAUACAGAUACAGAAAUGGCAGAGUCUGAGGAAUUUGAAACAAUAAAUGGGAAACUUGUGAAGACCAAGUCAUCAAAACUGACCAAAAGGAUUGCAAACUCUGCCGGCUAUGUGGGUGAUCGAUUUAAAUGUGUCACUACAGAAUUAUAUGCAGACUCAAGUCAACUGAGCCGAGAGCAGAGGGCUUUACAGAUGGAGGGAUUACACGAGGACAGUAUUUUAAAUCAACCUGCUGCUUACUGUGAGCGGGCAAUGAUGCGUUUCUCUGAAUUGGAGAUGAAAGAACGAGAGGACCCCACUCUAACCAAAGACCUGGAGACCUGUCAAUUUAGUCAGUCCCAGUGGGUAGAACAAAAACUAGAUACAGAUAAUAGGACAGCAUCAGCCCCAAUGGGAGAAGCAUUCACUAACCACACUGAGGCUGAUUUCAAGAACACAGUUGUCAAUUCAUUUGAAAUUACAAAAUGCCAAGAGAAGGAAACCCCAUCUAAAGACCAAUGCCAAAUAACUGCUUAUUGUGAUAGAACAAAUCUGAAGCUAGAACUCUCAAACGACAGCUACAGCCAAGGGCUUCAUGUAGGGGUGAAAAGGAAGCAACCUUGUGUGUCUUCGCCUGAUGAAACCUGUGAGGAACAAUCUUGUGAUGACAUAAAAGGAAAAAGACCAAAGAUUGAUGAGUGGCCUGAGAGGGACUUGACAGAUACGUCCAGUAGAGCUUUGGAAGAGUCCCACUGUAACGAGGUCACCAACCUCAAGGUGUGCAUUGAAUUAACAGGCCUCCACCCUAAAAAACAACGACACCUACAGCACCUUCGGGAACUGUGCCAACACAGCAGGAAAGAUGUACCCGAAACCCAAGAGGCCAAAGAAAAUGAAAUCAGCUUGAAAAACUGGGAGGAAGACCGCUCAGUCAAAAAGAAGUCUGAAGGCAAAUGCAUGAAUGGCCUGGAUUGCUUAAAAAAGAGCAGCCCCGAAGAAGAUGCGUCUCCUUCUCAACACGCAAAAUUUUUUUCAUCUGGUUGCCCAAGCAGCAAACGUCAGAGUCAGCCUAAUUCCACCGCUGCGAGGUCAGCAGCCAAACAGCAGAAGAUCAGAGAGGCCCGAAAGGCGUACGUGCACUGUACAGAUGAAGAGAGGGCUCUCCAAGACACAUCAUUGCCGGAGGAUUAUACAGAAUGUGAGAAACCCUCUGGAAAACGGCAGUGUAAGACAAAGCACAUGACUCCACAGGAGAGAAGGAAAAAAAGACCGUCUCUAGCUGAGGAUGACAGCACAGAUAUGGGAAUCGUAGAGGAAAAGGUGUGCACAAAGGGUAUCCGAAAACAGACAGAACUGACCCCUGAGGCCUCCCCAGCAGCGCCAGAACAACUAUUGCCUAUAUCACAGUCAUCACAAUGCUCCCCACUUCCCAGCAUCCUUCAGGAAACCACACCAAGCCGACCUAUGCCCCCAGAAGCACGACGGCUCAUUGUCAACAAAAAUGCUGGAGAGACGCUCUUACAGAGAGCUGCACGUCUUGGUUAUGAGGAAGUCGUCCUAUAUUGCUUAGAAAUAAAGUCCUGCGAUGUAAACCACAGAGAUAACGCAGGCUAUUGUGCCCUGCAUGAAGCGUGCGCUAGAGGCUGGCUAAGCAUUGUGAGGCAUCUUCUAGAGCACGGGGCGGAUGUGAACUGCAGUGCACAGGAUGGAACCAGGCCGAUUCACGAUGCUGUGGAGAAUGAUCAUUUGGAGAUUGUGCGUCUUCUGUUGUCCUAUGGAGCUGACCCCACGCUGGCAACGUAUUCUGGUAGAACAAUCGCAAAGAUGACUCACAGCGAGGCUAUGGAAACCUUUCUCACAGAGUAUUUGACUGACCUGCAAGGGCGAAGCUGUGAUGAUCCCGGAUUGUGCUGGAAUUUCUAUGGCAGCUCUGUUUGUGAUUCUAAGGAAGAGUCUGGAUUUGAUGUUCUGGCAAAUCCCCCAGGCCCAGAUGAUGAUGAUGAUGGGUUCAUAGAUUCCUAUGAGUUUGAGUUCUCUGAUAGCCCUUUGCUGCCAUGUUAUAACGUUCAGGUGUCUCUAUCUCUGGGACCAAGAAAUUGGUUACUGCUUACGGACGUUACUAAGAGGCUGAAAACCACACCACAGGACUUCACUUGUAAAUAUCCUCACCUUGAAGUUGCCUGUAUUCCAGAAGCAGAAUUCUACAGACAAGUAUCAUUAAGUCAGCUCUUCUCUUCUCCAGACGAUCUUGAAGGAUUCAGUUCAGACAGCAAGGAAAUGCUGCAGCUGGUUGAAUUUUCAAAUGAACUGCAAACAUUACUUGGAUCUUCCAUUGAAUGGCUGGAUCCUGACGAAGAUUCUUGCAUUAGCUGUUAAACAGCAAGGACUUUGCAAUUUGUAAUAUAAUAUAUAUAAUUUGUGUAUAUGUAUAAUACGGAGAGAACACUAUUCUAGAAUGAUUGUAAAAAAACAAAUUAUAUAUAAACAAAUGGACCUCUUAUUUUCUGAACCCAUAAAAAGUUUUUUUUUUUUUUUUUUGCAAAUCUCAAUAUCCUAAAACUUCAGUGCACAUUUGCCUUGGGAUAACUUUUUUUUUUUUAUACCUUUUAACUCACUUUAUUUUAUUAUAUAUAUAUAAAUAUAUUUUAACACAUUGACUUUUUUUGCAAAGCACUGAAUGCACGGAAGAUACUUUAUAAUUUGUAUUCUAAGUCAUGUGAAAAAUGAUAUAGGCACUUCUUUACAUUUUUUUAUGUUUACAAAAUUACCUGUUUUUAGGUAAGAAAUCCUGGAUAAAAUCCAGAUGUUUUCUAAUAUAAAGUGAAACCUAAAUAGAUAUAUAAAUAUAUAUACACAGAAAGUUGUUUGAAGUUUUGUAUUAUAAUUUAAAAGUUCAGAUUUUUUUGGUUAGUUUUCACACAUCAACUUGGUAUAUAUUUAUAUAUAAAUAUAUAUAAGUCUAUACAUAUAUAAAUAUAUACAUAUGUUCAAACAUUCUAUGAUCUAAUUUAAAAAACAAAAGACAUUGAACUAUUUUUUUUCUUGUAACAUGUAAAAUAUUCUGUAAUAUAAAAUGUUGAGGUUGCUUUAAACUGUAAAUUAAAAUUAUUUCCUGAGCUGUGUGCAAUGUUUUGAGAUCUGUGUUCAGACUUUGUAAGUAAACCAACUGCCUUUGUAUUUAUAUUUUACAAAACAUUUUUUCUUAAAAAGGCAAUAAAACGGUUCGUUAAAUGGU